AUGGAAAUUUUUUGUAAUGGCAGCACUGUAUUUUAUGGUUCUAAGCUGACAAGGAGCAAAACCCGUAUUUAAUGAAUAUAAAAUAUAAUUAUUAAAUAUAGUGUUAGAAAUGGUGCAACGUACAUUAAUAAGGUUUUUGUCCUCUAAACGUGUACCACUUAUUAAAUUUCGCAUAGGUGGUAAUCCUGAAACUUCUCUUACGGCAGCAAAUCAGGCGAGUGCGAGUGGUACAGGAGCUAAUGAAAAUAUAUUUAGCACGUCUUCCGUUGCUAUAGAAGACUGGGAAUUGCAUCCACGAUUUUGGCGUAAACCCAUUACUGCUGAUGAAAUCGAUUAUAUAAAUCGCGGUGGUCCAGACUAGAAAAUGCAUCAUUAAGUUAUUUAAUUUCUUCCGUUAUUUUGACCCAGAAUGUUUUCAUCGAAAUAAUUUCUUAUUACGCAAUUUUUCAAUAUAUUUGAUGUGUCAAGUGGAAACGAUUCGUAUUAAGUCUGCAAAAUCAGACCUUACAUAUUCUCGAUAAACUUAAGAGUAAAAUGAUUUGAAUAAUUUUAUAAACUUCAAACUCAAUAUAGCUUUAUUAUCAAGUUUUAAUAUCAAUUUGACUGAUGUUAUGAAAUAAAGUCAAAUUUACAUAACCAA